CGAAGAGCAAUGUCGUCGACUCUACUGGAGGUGACUCGUGCAUCUCACGAGGAAGCUGAACGGCUCGAACGGCUUGUCGUCAAAGAUCUCCAGACCGAGCCGCUUACUAACAAGGACCGGCUCUACCAGAGUCAUCGUGUUCGUAACAUGAUUGAGCAAAUCAUUGACACCACACACAAACUGGUUGAUAUAUAUGAAGAUAAAGACGGUGCCAGGAAGGAUGAAAUUGCAGCUCUAGGAGGCCAGACAGCAACUGGAACAAACGUCUUUAGUGCAUUUUAUGACAGAUUGAAAGAGAUUCGUGAAUACCAUAGAAGGCAUCCUGCUGCGCGUGGUAUUAUUGAUACCAGUGACGAAUAUGAGCAGCUCCUUAAAGAAGAACCUCAAAUCGAGUUCAGUGGCGAGGAAGGUUCUGGGCGAUACCUUGACUUGCAUGAAUUGUUUAACGAGUAUAUCAACUCCAAAUUUGGUGAGCCAAUUGAAUACACAGCUUAUCUUGAUGUAUUUUCCCAACCGCAGAAGAUUCCCCGUAAAGCAAAGUCAACAAGGCAGUACCAAGAAUAUUUGCAGAAAUUAUUGGAGUAUCUGGUCUAUUUUUUUGAGCGGACAGAACCCUUGCAGGAUCUUGAUAGAAUAUUCUCAAAGGUAGCAAGUGAAUUCGAAGAUGAGUGGACUAUGGGCAAAGUAGAAGGAUGGGAAAAUAAUGGUCAAGAAAAUGGAAGUGCUCCAGAGAAUCAUACUGUGAUUGAUCUUGAUUAUUAUAGUUCAGCUGAGGAGCUGAUGGUAGUGGGACCAGAGAAGUUAAAGGAGGCAUUGGGAGCACUGGGAUUGAAGACAGGUGGUACUAUUCAGCAACGUGCUGAGAGACUUUUCCUUACGAAGAAUACACCGCUAGAAAAACUUGACAGAAAGCAUUUCGCAAAAGGCUCGCGGAAACCAGAACAAAACGGUGUUGUUCCAGCUCCUCAAGUGGGUAAUGAUGUAAAAGAGAUUGCUCUUCUGGAAGCCAAGAUAAGAAAGCUAUGUGAUCUGUUGGAUGAGACAAUUGUGCGGACAAGAGAAAAUGUUGAGAAAAAACAGGCUUUGACAUAUGAAGAAAUGGAGGCAGAACGUGAAGAGGACGAUGUGCAGGCUGAGUCUGAGAGUGAUGAAGAUGACCAACAAAUUUAUAAUCCUCUGAAGUUGCCAAUGGGCUGGGAUGGGAAACCUAUUCCUUACUGGUUGUAUAAGCUUCAUGGUCUUGGUCAGGAGUUCAAGUGCGAGAUAUGUGGGAACCAUAGUUACUGGGGCCGUAGGGCUUACGAGCGGCAUUUCAAGGAAUGGAGACAUCAACAUGGGAUGCGUUGUCUUGGUAUCCCCAAUACUAAGAACUUCAAUGAGAUCACAUCAAUCGAAGAAGCCAAGCUACUUUGGGAAAGAAUCCAAGAAAGACAAGGGGUGAAUAAGUGGCGCCCAGAUCUUGAAGAAGAAUAUGAAGAUCAAGAGGGCAACAUCUACAACAAAAAGACAUACACUGAUCUACAACGCCAGGGAUUGAUUUAAAUGAAUUUCUGUAGAGCUCUCAUUCCAUGUGGCGAUGAUAUCGGGCAGACCAGAUGUCUUUGUUUUGGUUGAGCAAGCACUUGUUGUCAGUGAGCGACUGUUGAUGUAUUCACCUAGUAACUCCUCAGAAGUUACUUGGAAUUUCGAAUUCACUAAGUUCAGAAACUGAGGGACAAGAGAGAGAAACCUCUUUUUGGAAUGUAUGAAAUGUCACGCAUUGGUAGUGACGAGGAUGUCUUUAGAUGGGCUAUAGUUGUUAGAUUUAAUUUUCGAAACAAACUCGUGGUCGUUGGUAUUUGAUCGUUCUGAUGAAGACAUCCAAAUAUUUUUGUAUACAUCACUGUUAUCCAUACUUUUAUAAGUUA